CUUCUUUUUUUUCUCAGAGUGAUGGGUGAUGUUGGUGAGUUGGGCAAGGAGGUGGAGGAGGAGGAGGAGGAGGAGGAGGAACUCUUGAGAGAGGAGAAAGAGAGAAAUUUCUCACGGGUGGAAGAGUUCAACAUCAACACGUGGAAGUUCCGAGAAGUGAACCCAGCGAUAACGAGGAGCCUGGAGGAUGAACUGGAUCUGUCUAACUGGGAGCCUGUUGCUGAGACUCUUGGCCUCACCAACUCACAAAUAGAGCGGUGCCAGAGAAGCGAUGCCUUCACCCACGCUGUGUUCACCACGAUGGAGGAGUGCCCACACUUCCAGGACCUUACUGUUAAGAGGUUCCUGAAGACCCUACUUGAGCACAACCGCCGAGACAUUCUCUCCAAGCCGGAGAAGUUUGUGCGCCUGAAGCCAGGGAGUGAUGCUGCUAAGACCUUCACUGUCUAUCCAGAGGGAUCCGCAGGUGCUGGUGGUGGAAUCUUGCUUGGACAGUGUGCCUGUAACACACAGGCACAUUUCUCCAAAAGGUUGACGCUGUGCUGCCGGUACUGUCGCCUCAGCUUCUGCGUCAGAUUCAGAACAGAGACUUCAGCAGAGAGAGUGAGUGGGAGAAACGCUACAACUGCUUUGCCCACUCGAUGAUGCUAGACCAGCAUGUGGAGUACGGGAGCAAGAAUGGGUUCUGCCGUGCCGUUUGUCCUGCCAGAUUCCCGGAGGAGACACACUUCAGUCACAAGAUGAAUGCAGUCAGCUACAGCAUGACAUAGACAAGCUAUAGACAGUUGAGAGAGGAAGAAGUCAGUGGCACCCUCACCUCAGACAAGACAAAGCUAACAAUUGAUAAUGAAAGACCAGCAGCAGCAGCAGCAGCAGCAGCAGCAGCACACACAAGAGGUGUUUUCUGUAUGAUGAUGAUGAUGGAAAAAGCACAUCUCGAAAGGAUGUUAUAAGCAGGGCAACGUAAUGAAAUUCAGUGAAUGGACGUGUGUGCGUGGCUGCAAUCACUAUGAAAUUAAGUUGAAAAUAAGAAAUAUAUUACUUUACAGAAAGGAAUGCUUAGAGUGAAUGAAAUUACUGUAAUGAAUGAAUGGAAAUAAAGUUGUGAGUCAUUAAAUGAUUAGGAAAAGAAGCUGUGAAUAGGUGCAUUAUUGUUAUUACUGAAAGGAAGAAUAUUUGUAGGAUAUAUCAUGUAUAUUAUCAAAGUGUUUUUCAUUCUUACUUUCUUCUUUCUCUUUCAUCUUUUCUUAGUAUAUUUAAGUGAAUUUCUCUCUCUCUCUCUCUCUCUCUCUCUCUCUCUCUCUCUCUCUCUCUCUCUCUCUCUCUCUCUCUCUCUCUCUCUCUCUCUCUCCAGCCAUCUCUUCUCUCUCCUUCCAUCUUUUUCUUAGUAUAUUUAAGUGAAUUUCUCAGAUCUCUCUCUCUCUCUCUCUCUCUCUCUCUCUCUCUCUCUCUCUCUCUCUCUCUCUCUCUCUCUCUCUCUCUCUCUUUCUUUCUUUCUUUCUUUUUCUUUCUUUUUCUCUCUCUCUCUCUCUCUCUCUCUCUCUCUCUCUCUCUCUCUCUCUCUCUCUCUCUCUCUCUCUCCAGUAGUCAGUAGUCAGUGAGGAGGUAGUAGCAAGUAGUGUUCAAGUAGCCUUAGUAAUAGAAUAGUUUGGCUUGCAUGGCAGUGGUUAAAACAUCUACCCUCUCACAUCGUUGGGGUGAGACCACUUGCUUCAUACGAGCCAAAUGGGGUGACUCCUCCCCUCCCCACCCCUCCCUGUCAAUCUGUGGGUGAGUGUUGCCCAUGCACCUUUAAGGAGAUCAAAUUUGAGAGGUACAUUUUGCUUAUCCCUUCUGAUUAUGCAGGAUUCAACCAUUAAUUUCAUCUCUAUAAAACUCUAUGGGUUUCACUUGCCAUAGACUUGUGGGAUGAAACAAGGGAGAGCAUUUUGCAGUCUACUCUCUUUUUUUCAUCUGUGUUACAGUCUAUGGGUUUCACCUGCCCAGGUUGGUGGUGGUGGGGUGGGGUGGGGGAGUUCUAAUGCUCUGAGUGGCGCCCUGCUGUAGGUUGUCAAAAGAAAAAUUUAUUAUUAUUAUUAUUUUUUAUUGAUUUUGUUAUUGUUCUCAAGUUCUCAGUAUUAUUAAAACCAGCACUAACAUCUUAUUUUACAGAUCAAUCAAUCAAUACUAUUUCCAAUAAAUAUUUACUAAAUGUUA